AAUGUUCCUUUUUUUUUCCCCCCCCCCAAACUGUAAAUAUUUAAAAUGGCCGUUUUUAGUGCCAGAACACAUUACAGGAAGAAACACAGCAAGUGGGGCCCAAGUUUGAAGUAUGCUGUAAGAACUUAUUAAUUUUUAAUUAAUAUUAGCUUCUAGUUUCAACAAGUUGAGCAUAGAUGUUGGUACAAUCUAGGUAAUUAACAGCGAGAGAUGCUAACCUGUGGAAAAAAUACGCUGUUUUAGCCUAUAAUGUAAGGUUCCAGUAUUCCCUCUGUGCGUUAACAUGCAAAGAUCAUUAAGAGAUUGCCCAUUUACCAUCUUUUAUCAGACGCAUGUAUUAAACUGCAUUAAUCUUUCUUCAGAGAUAAUGCAGUCUAUUGUUUUUGUCACUUAUACGUUCUUUGUAAUUUGUCAAUGUUGCUGUUUCUUUUAUAGUCAAAUGAAAGAAAACUCCGCGCAGUACUCCCAAGUGUGAGAUUAGCAAAGCUGGUGUAAAGAGGAAUUACUACCUCUCUGGCUUUAAAAAUCAAACUUGGCGUUUACAUGACUUGUAUACGCAACAUUUGCUUCUCUUGAAACAGUACGAACUCUUGUCUAACACAUGCAUUGCCAGGGAAGGCUCAGGGAUGAAAUACGCCUUUUUUCUGUGCCUAAUAUCUGUUACUUGUUCCGUUUUUACACACGUCCUUCACUUUGCAGCCCCUCCAGAUCCCCAGUAUUCUUCUGUGUAUUUCCCUACCUUUUCUCAGCAGGCUGGUUGGUGAAUAACUAUGUGACUGUGUCCUGCUUCUGCUGUCAUGGGAUGAAACUGUGAAUACUGGGGAGCUGCAUUUGCAAAAACAACCAAAAUGAAUUGGUACAAUAGUCAUUAACAGGACGGCUUGCUUGGACGCUGGAAAACCGAUUUGUGUACAUAAACUCCCUGUAAAAAGAGGCAAAACAGACUGAAGAGAUCUAGUGCUUUUGAAUGCUUUAGUUAAAUUAGUGCCUGUUCCCAUGAAAUCUGUACAAGAAACCAUAAGACAUGUUCCUUUGUCAAGGUUUGUUGUGUUUGAAAGAAGGAAAUAGUGAAUUAGAGUCUUAGAAGGCUUUCUGUAUGUAUAGCAUGAAGGGAGGAAGGAUUAAUCGUAAUAGGAAAAGGGAAUUUGUCCGUAUAAUUGAAAUAGUUGUCAACUAAAUAAUGAUCUGAACAGGAAGGAUUGUAAAUAAUGUGAUGGGCUCUAAUGUAUUUUGAAAGAAGGUAGCAUAUCUCUCUCUCUCUUAGGGAAGUUUUAUUCCAGGCCUAGUCCAAUCUGGUUGUCUGCAGUCCUGUCUUGUCUUGUAAAACUAGAGGUCGCAUUCCCAUGGCCCUUUAGAGCCGGUCUGGCCUGGGGGUCUUGCAGCCUUACUGCCCGCUUGAGCCGGCGCUGACUUCAUGUUAACGGGCAACGUGUUGCUUUGGGGCGGCGAACGGGCUGGAAAACUGCACUUGCUUGCAGGAGGGGUUGGUGUCUGGCUGGGUGAGCCCCGGGAGUCAUCUGGCUCCCCGGCGGUGCCGGCCGGAGCGGUGGCUGUGGAGCGGAGAGGGAUGGGUCUGUGCGGGGCAUGAGAUGGGAGGGCAGAGCUCAGGCAGCCCCGAGAGAGGCUGGGGAUGGGAUCCAGUCUGGAAGUGCAAAAUGGGCAGGUUGGCAUAGGACGGCACCUCACAACGUCACUGCGCGCUCAUAGUGGAUUGCUUUUUGUUUCUAACCGAACCAUUGACACCCUCUCUGUGUUUGUUUGUGGUGGGCGCUGAAGGUCCCGGUACUUAAUAGUGCCAUUUUAGUCCAUUUAAUGGUGCCUUGACAGAAAAAAUUAUGCAAGAAACCAAAUAAAAGAAGUAGAAGGCUGCUGCUUGGGAGGAGGAUAAUAAGAUACGUUUAAAAGAAACCUUUAUUAAGCUUCAGAUUGGCAUAAUUAUGCCUGUACGAAAGGAAAUGAAUAAUACGCAACAGGCCAAAGAUGCUGCCGGAGAUUGGAAGAAGUAAAAUGCUUUCUAUGGGGACUUCUGCUUCUGAUGCCAGGACUCUCUUGAAGACUUACUUUGUUGCUUGGCUUAAAGGAAGAUGAUGUCGUUAAUGAAUUCUGGGCAUCCUUCAGCAGGCUGGUGACCCUUCUUUCAUUGAUGAGUGCUGUCAUGGAUAACUUAAAAGGCUCUUUUCCAAAACACCACAAGCAGUUAAUGCACCUUAUAAAGGACUCCUGACCUUUUGCAUCUUUCCAAGUCAUAUCUAGAUGCCACCGGUGUUUCCCAUGUUAACAGUUCUGAGCAUGUUUUACUAUAUGUGCCUUCGGCGCCGAGCUAGGACAGCGACGAGAGGAGAAAUGAACAGCCGGAGGGCUAUUGAAUCAAACACCCGAGCCUUACCUAUCAAUGUUGAAAUAGUUCAGUAUGCCAAAGAAGUGUUGGAUUUCAGCUCUCACUAUGGUAGUGAAAACAGCAUGUCGUAUACCAUGUGGAAUUUAGCAGGUAUUCCAAACGUGUACCCUAGUUCUGGUGACUUUACUCAGACUGCCGUCUUUCGAACUUACGGGACCUGGUGGGAUCGUUGCCCAAGCGCUCGGCUGCCCUUCAAGAGGACACCACCCACCUUCUGUAGCCAGGACUACGUGGAACUCGCUUUUGAGGAACCAGUUUAUCCCACUGCAGUGCACAUUCUGGAAACUUAUCAUCCUGGAGCUGUAGUCAGGAUUUUGGCGUGCUCUGCAAAUCCUUACUCACAAAAUCCACCAGCUGAAGUAAGAUGGGAAAUCCUUUGGUCCGAAGCACCUACAAAGGUCAAUGGUCCUCAGGCUCGGCAAUUCACACCUUGUAUCAAACAGAUAAACUUUCCCACAAACUUAAUCCGACUGGAAGUGAACAGCUCUCUCCUGGACUAUUACACUGAAUUGGAUGCAGUGGUACUACAUGGUGUGAAAGAGAGACCUGUGCUUUCACUUAAGACUUCGAUGAUUGAUAUGAACGAUAUCGAUGAAGAUGAGGAUGAAGAAAAGUAUGGCUGUGGAAUGGACACCCUUAAUAAACAGUUCAGCAUUGUUACCCUCAGGGAAUGGCCGACUAAUGGAUAUUUUGAUAAACUGCCUUAUGAGCUCAUCCAGUUGAUUUUGAGUCACCUUACAGUGCCAGACCUGUGUAGACUAGCGCAAACUUGUAAGCUACUGUAUCAACAUUGCUGUGAUCCUCUACAGUACAUUCAUCUCAGUUUACAACCUUACUGGGCAAGGAUUAAUGAUGCAUCUCUGGAAUACCUACAGUCUCGCUGCACUCUCAUCCAGUGGCUGAAUUUAUCUUGGACGGGAAACAGGGGAGCCAUCUCUGUUUCAGGAUUUAGCAGGUUCUUGAAAGUUUGUGGCUCCGAACUAGUACGUCUUGAGUUGUCUUGUGGCCAUUUCCUCAAUGAAACAUGCUUGGAGGUCAUUACUGAAAUGUGUCCAAACCUUCAGGAAUUAAAUCUCUCAUCAUGUGAUAAAAUACCACCUCAGGCGUUCAACCACAUAGCCAAAGUAGGCAGCCUAAAGCGUCUCAUUCUCUACCGAACAAAAGUGGAGCAAACAGCCCUGCUCAGUAUUCUGAACUUCUGCUCGGAGCUGCAGCACCUCAGCCUGGGCAGCUGCGUCAUGAUUGAAGACUAUGAUCUUAUAGCAAGCAUGAUGGGAGCAAAAUGUAAAAAGCUUCGCAGUCUGGAUUUGUGGAGAUGUAAAAACAUAACUGAAAGUGGAAUAGCAGAAUUGGCUUCAGGCUGCCAGCUUUUGGAAGAACUUGAUCUUGGCUGGUGCCCUACGUUACAGAGCAGUACAGGCUGCUUCACAAACCUUGCACGUAAACUCCCAAACUUGCAAAAGCUCUUUCUUACGGCCAACAGGUCUGUGUGUGACACGGACAUUGAGGAGCUCGCUGCUAACUGUACGCGUUUACGGCAGCUGGAUAUAUUGGGGACAAGGAUGGUAAGCCCUGCAUCUUUAAGAAAAUUGCUGGAGUCUUGUAAAGAUCUUUCUUUACUCGAUGUGUCCUUCUGUUCACAGAUUGAUAAUAGAGUUGUCCUAGAACUGAAUGCCAACUUUCCUAACGUGUUCAUAAAAAAGAGUUUCACCCAGUGACUCCCUACGUACGCUGCCGUGGAAUUCAUUUGACAGAGUUGCUUCCUGUGAAUUUGUGCUAACUUUUUUUUUUUAAGAAGAAUAUAAAUCCCUUAUGACAUAGUGGAAAGUAUUAAUUAUCUACACAAAUGGGUAAAAUACAUUUAAAUAUAUUAUGCAUUUCUUAAAGAGUAGAUAUUGUACCUAAGAAUUGUUUUACUCUGUGUUGAUUGGUGGCACUGCAUGUUUUUAAAUACCAGCCAUAUGUGUGGCUUUAAUGAGAAGAAAAUGAAUAAUGUCUUAAAUGUCCCUUUACAGGGUGUUACACACCACAGUAAACGAUGUUAAUAUCCAGGUGAAAGCAGAAGCUCAAUAUUUAGCAGUAAGAAUAAGAUGGGUGCUUCCUUUUUAUGUAUAUGUGUUUGUGUGUGUAUACAGAAAUGUAUACAGAUGUAUUUGUAUAUACAUACACACGUACUGUAGCAUUCUAGUGUGGCCUGCAGCAUAAGAUGUUAUGAUCUGGCCUAUAAUUAGUUGUUUGAAAACCCAUUUAAGCUUGUAUAAGAAUGGAUUGAAAAGACACUUUGUCUUCAUUUUUUUGCCAAUGAAUUGUACCUGAUACUUUUUUUUUUUUCCUCGCUUCCUACACCUGAAUUAGCUAUAGUGAUGUUUUACAGUCCAGCCUAAGCGACACAACAGAUAAAUAGGAGAAUCUUCCGCCUGAGCUUAGACCAGAAAUGAAAGAGAAAAUUUACCAGCUGCUUCUUGGUAUUUGAUAUAAAGUUUGAGCCAGGUACUUAGUGUCGUAACUGGUAACGUGUAGAAAACUCCAGAGCAAUUUUCAAAUUUCUGUCAUGGUCAAGACUUGAUUUGUGAUACAUCUGGUUAUCACGCAAAGCACCAUAAGAAUUAGAACUUAGGAUAAUGCGCUAGCAACUGUCCCUUACACUGGCAUCAAAUCUGUUGUCAAGUGUUCUGUAAAACAGCAAUGAAAAUACAGUGAGUUUGAAACAAGGGCAAUAGGAUUUGGUGAUUUAAUAAUCGCCAAAGCUUAGUAUUGGAUUUGGUUUAGUUGGGGGGUUAUUUUUUUGUUUUUCCAAGAGGUGAUUGCUCAAAGUACUAUUGCACUCUCUCUCUUUAACACUGUUCAGCCUCUGGAGAAGGAAAACUUGUGUCAAUGGACAAAUUCUAGAGGUUUCUUCCUUUUGCACUUCCUUGGAUGAAGUUUAUAUCUUUUUUUUUUCUUCUUUCUUUUUCUUGAAUGCCUCUGCUAGAGUAUGUUGCUAUGUACAGCUUGAGUUCAGAACUUUACCUUUUUAGCCAUUGUUGAUGAAUAUGGACCAUGAAAUAUAGCCUGUCAUUUGAUAUUGCCUCCACUGUUCUUGUAUCGAUGGCACUUACUACCUACUGGAAUAAGAAGGAAGAUAUUUUGUCUGGCAGAAGUACAUUACUGCACCGAAGAUCACUGGCAGUAAAUAACCGACCGCUACGAGGACUGCUACGAAUCAUUAAAGAUUUGAUGAUCUCUGUGACUCCUGAAUGAAUGCUUCGAACUCUUGUGCUGGUGCCAAUACUUUAUAAACCAUGUCAUGAAACAGCUACAGAACAUUUAUCUGAUUUUAUAAAAAGACCUUUUUCUUCAGAUUUUUAAAUUUUACAGAAUCUUUUGGGAAUUCCAGAUCCAAAGAAGGGCAUGCACAGUUGGCUUUUUGAUUUAUUUUUUUUCCUCCACACAGAUGGCACUAUGGGAUUUCCAACUAGCUUAUGCCAUUCCAUUUUUUUUUUCCCCAGAAAACUGGACAUUGUCAGAGAUCUUUAGAUUGGUUUACUUUUUCUUUGUUUUCUUCUCCACACACUGACAGAUGUCUGCUUGGGCGUGAUUCUGUGAGACCUCAUUUCUUUCAAUCAGGUUUGGGUUGAUUUAUUUUUCUGGGAACUUAACUUCUAACUUUUUUUUAUCUACGAGUAAUAUUUUUCAUUGUAAUUGAUAAUUAAACAUUAUUGUCCUAGUUCUAGGAGAACACAGGCUCAGAUAUUGGGAGUUUACAAAGAACAGUAUUUCAGAACAAAUGUUUUUGUUGUGAAAUUUCACUUCUCAGGGUGCAUCUGUGUUUAUCUCCUUUUUUUCUUAGAGAACCUUCUUGUUUGUUUUUCACUGUAAAUAGAAUGGGAUGUGGAUGAAGUGAUAGCCAUUGUGCCUUCAAACUGGUAAACUUGGUAAAUAAUAUAGUUUCACUUCUACAGCAUUAGUGAAUCAAAUAAGUGUUUUUGUAAUUGUGUAUGUAUAAAGGAUUUAAUUCUCUGUUGCUUUUUAGGAAGUAUAAAGGAGGUUUAAAUUGACAUUUUGUUCAUCUGAAAGGAUUUUUUUUUUCUUAUGUUGUGCCUUCUCUUUGAAAUUGUUUUGGUCAGGAAUUCUCUGUUGUCACUUGAAAGAUAAAUUGAAGUCUACUUUUUAUUUGGACUAUUUAAAACUUAGUUGUUGCUAACACAUAAUUAACUCAAAUAGCUGAGAAAUAAUCGGGAAGGACUUCCGUCUAGGGCUGUAGACUUUAACCUCCAAUCAGUGGGUAAGGAGCUUUUUUAGCUAUGGCUUUAUACCUCCAAGAAGUCUUCCAGCAAAGAGAGGAUAGAACAGACUUGACAUUUCUGAUAUUUCCAGGACAAAGAAAACAACAUGCUUUCAGACCUUCCUUAUACAUCACAAAGAAGCAAGAAUAGAUCACUGUCUUUUUAGUUCUGUUAUUUUAUACUUAACUGUGUAUAUCUAUUUAUACAUACGUAUGCAUAAGUUAUAUAUAUACACACACAUAUGUUUGUGUGUAUAUAUGAAAAUUUUUUGUAUGUGUGUACAUACUUAUACCUAUGCGUAUGAAUCUCAGAGUUUUUCGGGUAGGAAUUACUUUUGUGAAGUGAAUGUAAUAGCAAAAGGUGUUUCAUAGAAUUUCUGUUUUCAACCCUUGUUUUACUGUACCUGGAGACUGAGUUCCUCUCCACUCACAUGGGCAGGAGGGGUGUGCUGGAUUUCCUGUGUUGCAUUGCCAAAGUGCCUUUUGGGUUGUCUGCAUGUGGAAGGUGUUACAGGGUAUGGUAGAGUGUGAAUGCACAGUCCGAUAACUACUGUGGACUGCCUCCUUGUGAAGCGGUCGUAUAGAGGGAAAUUUGUUCUGGUUUCAUUUAAUCCAAAAUGAAUGACCCCAAUUCCUCAGUUGGAGGAAUUUAGUUAUUCUGAAAUUGGGUCAUCUUCUCCAACACUAGGCUGUCCCUCAGUCAUGUUACAGAAAUUCUGCUUUUAAGGAUAUUCCAUUUUUUAUCUUGUCCUUUGAUCGUGUCUGUCUUGUUGAAGCAUUGUAAAAGAUGUGCUUUGGCAACAGAUGUUAAAAAAAACAUUGCUAGCAUGUCCAAAAAAAAAAAAAAGAGGCUUGCUCUGAAGCGCUCCUUUUUUUAAACUAAAGGGGGGCUUCCGUACUAUCCGUAUGAAAAUGGUGUGGGAUGGCAUGUAGGUAGCUAUAUCAUGCUUUUGGACAUUUUAAAAAUUAAUAUGAUAAUUUUACCAUUUAAAGCACCUUCCCAAGUCUUGAAGGCUUCAAUUUAAUAGCGUACUUGUAUUGAUAAUCCUGAGCUGUCUGGCUAGAUAGCUCUAUGGAAGUGGAUGGUGUUUCUGUUGUUUAAAUUAUGCACGUGAUUAAGUGCAUUAGUGAGCAGAACUUAUAUGGAAGAACAGUUUUGCAUAGGAGUUUGGACCUGAUAAUCCCCAUGUGCUUGGAGGUCCAAAUUUCAGCCCAAAAAAAAAAAAAAAAAAGGGAAGACUGAUUCUUUCCUUGGGGCUCUCAUGCCAACUUU